UAAUAUUUCAUAUGACAAACUUUUAACCACUUAUCAUAAAACGUUUUGUGUUUGAGAAAGAAUAAUAUUAAAACCAAAAAAACAAUCAGAACAGUAGUUACUUGUAUCACCUUCAAUGAACCCGUUAUAUAAAAGAAUUAUUGGAGAAUGAUGUGAAAAAUCAACAAAUGAUGUAGAUACAAAAAUAAAUUUUAUAUAUAUACACACACACACACUUACACACACCAUACAUUACAACAUUUAAACUAUUAUACUUACAAACAAAAUUUGAUACAAUACUUACAAACAGCUCAAACUACAAAACAAUGGCAUUUCUGGAUCCAAGAAUUACAAAUGAGAACGGGGCAAAGAAAGCACAAGUUAAUGAGGAGAAAAAGGAGGAGAAGAUCAGAUUAAGUCGACUCGAUGAUUUGGGUCUAUGUCCGCAUAAAGCAUUUCCUUCCAAGCCGAUUGACAGGAGUAAAUUCGAAAGUCACAGCCAGUAUUUGGAAUUUUUAACACAACUAAAAAGUUAUGAUAAGCCAUGGUUCAUUCCACCGCCCACCAUUGCAAAGAGAAAAUUGAAACUGAAACCAAUGCAAAUUAUCAAUGUGCAUCCAUUGAAAAAGAAAACCGCUAACAAGGAUCACCAAGAGGAGUUCGAGGACCUAUCCAAGUAUUUAGUGCUGCAGAACACAUGUGAAAACCUGGAGAAAUGCAGAAAAAAGAGGAAGAAGAGCAAAAGAUUGUCCAAGUCUGGUGUUGGCUAUUCUUUAAAGGUGACAGACGAUUUGGCAUUCCUAUUGAGGACUAUGGCUGAUGCCAGAGAGCAUUUGGUCCAAAAGGCCAUUGAGAAUAAAUGGAGGGAAGAGGAAGAAGAGAGAAUAGCAAAGGAGAAAGGAGAUAUUCAAGCUUUGAAAAAUAUUGUAGAAGGAAUGAUGAUAAAGUUUAUAAAGAUAGAAGAGGAAAGAUUGGCACAAAGAGAAAUGAAGGAGAAGCAAGGCCCAGAUGAUGAAAAAAGACACAGAAGGAGUUCAACAAAAUCAGAUGAUGUUUCUCAAGUACCUGGUAGCGAUAAUCAAGAACUAACCAAGGAUCUUGUAGGAUUUUUGAAAUCAUUACUGGAAGCAGACAUCAAAAGAAAAGAACGAAUUUACGAAGAAAAGAACACAUCGAUCACCGAUUUGGAUCAAUUUUUACAAAGCCAAGAGGAAGCUGAUAAAAUUGAAGAGGAAGCCAAACAGGAGGAGGUUGAAGAAGAAGAGAAGGAAAAAGAAGAGAAAGAAGUGGGAGACGAAGAAAAAGAGCCUGGACUGGAUUUUGAAAUCGAAGAUAAUAAGGAGAAUGAAGAGAAAAAUGAUGAUGAUAAGAAAACUGAUGAAGGAGAAGGGAAUAUUGAGAACGAGCCUAAUGUUGAUAUGCAUGAGGUAAACAAGAAACUCGAAGAUCUAGUAAUGGGUGCAGAAGGACUCGAAAAUGAGGAAAAGCAGGUGGAAGAAGAAGAAGUGGAAGCUGAGAUCGAAGAAUGGGUGAAGAGUAUAAUAUCACCGCGCCCUUCGCCCAAAAUCAAAGUUGAAGCCAGCACUCAAUUCGACUACGCGCUCGAGAGAAAACUGGCCCUGGGAAUCGACCGAGAACCGAAGGACUUCACUGAAGAUAAUUACUGAUAAAAGGAGAAAAUUUUAUUCAUGUAUAAUUCAUCAAUAGAAUCACAAAUCAAAAGGCAAGGAGUUCGAUGUAGGAGCAGCGCUGAAGGACUUGAUAAUAUGAAAACAACAAAUAAAUUGAAAUAAUCACUAAAUAUAAGAGUAUGAUGAAGAUAUUAUUUCCAACGAGAGUGUGCCAAGAAAUACAGACCGUCCAGAUGCUGACACCAACACGAAUUUCAACCUAUAAACCUUAACCUAAAUGUCAUAAGAAAGAGAGUUAAUAGAUGAGAAAUAUUGUGAUUAUGUUUUCAGACUUGGAAAUCAAAAUGAUAGUUUCCCCAUCAAUAUUGUCCAUUCAUAUGAGAUUUAGAUUUUGGCUAUAGUUAAUAAGAUUGAGGGCUGUGCUGUGAGGGAAAAGAAGACGUAUGUUUGACACGAAGUAAUGCCUUUGUGCAAUGUACACAAAUAUAACAAAAUGCAAUAUUUUAUUCUU